AAACGAAAAGUUGUUUCUGCAUAGUUCACAAACGCAAGCAACAAGCAUUUUCCCCAUUCAUCUUCUAUUGAAACAGUUCUUCGGUUAGAGUUCAUCGCUUUCACACAACACACAAAAUGCUGUUUGCGGCUACGAAUCACCACAUUAUCCGCCCGAUAUUGGUGGGAUCUCGAGCAGCGCGGCAGCUAUUUUGCCGAAACGCUAGGCCCAAUCAGGCCGUUAUGCUCACCCGUUCCUUCGCUUCCGCGGGCCCAGAMAACCCCACGAAACUGAUCAUCAAUGCCGUUGGGACCGACCGCCUCGGGAUCGUCCACGACAUGACGAAGGAGGUUAUCGAUGCUGGCGGAAACGUAGGGGCAUCCCAGGCGGCCCGACUGGGAAAAUACUUUUCGCUGAUGAUGCUGGUGGAGGUUCCGGCCAGCGCCGUCGAACCUCUCGAGGAAAGCCUGCGGACUAUGAAGGACCUAUCUGCGAGCGUAUGUGUAGCUAAGGACGACGAUGACAGCGAUAAAGUUGCUGAGACCGAUUCCUCGGGUAACACGAUUGGAUACCAGGGGGCACUCAGCCUGGAGGUAAGACCUUGUUUUUGUUGUUAUUUUUGUCAACUGUUUGGUAGUGCCCUUGCUGGCAACCAUCGUAUUGUAUCACCUUGCCGCAGCUGUCUUUCAUCGAGAGAGAACCAAACCGCACUAAAAACGAUUUCCUUUUCUUGCUUUCGCCUGGUGGCUUCCUUUCCGUUCUUCUUCUGUAGGGAGCCGAUCACCCCGGUAUCGUCAACAAGGUGACAAAAAUAUUAUCCUCCAACGGACUGAACAUCGAUUCGCUGGAAACUACGGACGAGCUGGCUCCCGGAGGAGGAACGGGUGAGUACACAUCUGUUUGAAGUUUUCGGGAUAGAUACCAAAUUAWUUCGAGAGAAACCACCGCUGCAGUUACCAAAAUAAACUCACAUACAUUAUAUUCGAUUAUUUUAUUGGUUGGCACCUUCCCUUGUAUUCUUUGCCUUGUAUGGAUUUGUCGCACCUUGAAUUGAAUUUUGCCAAACAGUCCUCUUUCGCAUGAUUGGCAUAACACACGCUUAUGAACCCUUGUCUGCGGGAUUCGACGUCGAAAAGAUCAAGCAAGAACUCGAAGACCUAGGAAACGACCUCAAUUGCGACAUCGAAUUGAUUGACUUAGAGGAAUGAACGAACAAAGAUCCUCAGAAUCGUGGUGCAACACCGUAGGUUUUUCUCGGGUGUAGGUUUGCUUUCCGCGACUGUUUUGAAAAUGAAGGAGUCCCACAUUUCACGAAGUGCGCUAAUCUUUCAUAACACAGGCAAGCAUACGAUCAUCUCGUUUUGUUACAUUUUUAGAUUUUUCUAUAGUACCAGCUACUGGGUUUUUGACAUCUGCAACGCAGCAAUGAAACAACCAAUUCUCACGAAGAGAGGUAAAAGUUAGGAUUGGACCAUGCUUCCACGACCCUGUGCAGUAUACUUGUGU